AUGUCUAAUAAUGGUGAAAAAAAGAACGUAAACUACGUUGGCAAUGCAUACUCCAAAUUUAGGCCUACCUAUUCUUAUGAAAUAUACUCUCUUAUUUAUGAAACUCAUAACGCGAACCAAGGAGAGUAUAACUUAGCCAUUGACGUUGGUUGUGGCACUGGUCAGGUGACUACCAUACUUGCUGAAAAGUUCAAGCAAGUUCACGGUAUUGACACAUUAGAAGAGCAAAUUAAUAACGCGAUUCGACGAAGUAACAUAACCUACAAAGUUGGGCCUGCCGAGAAUUUAUCUCAAUUUGCUGAUAACUCAGUCGAUUUGAUUACUGUUGGUACUGCUUUCCACUGGUUUGACCAUGAAAAAUUCUUGCAGGAAGCCAAACGCGUAUUGAAAAAAGAUGGCAAGGGCACAUUGGCAAUAUUUGGCUAUUAUUAUCCUCGAAUAAAGAACGAGCCUGAAGCUGAUAAUCUCUUAAAGGGAUUUACUAAAGACGUAUAUGAUCCCGUUGCGAAUGAGAAUAUUCGUUAUAUAAAAAAUAUGUAUCGUGAUAUAAAGUAUCCAUUCAAAAACCAAGUUUGGUAUAUCACACCAACAUCUGAAGAUGUUACAAGAAUCAGCCGUCCUACACGUGGUCCACUGAUGGAAGCUUCCAUGACAAUGGAGAAUUUCAAACACUACAUGAAGACAUCUUCUGCAUAUUCAAACUACAUUGAAGAGAACAAAGACAAAGAUGACCCUGCUGAUAAGUUGGUCAGAGACUUGAUGGAAACGAUGAACAUCACUGACUAUAAUCAUGUAAUUCAACUUGAAUGGCCGACUGUGCUGGUCUUAUUGAAUUAA